UUGGGUAUUUUUAAAGGUGUGACUGAGUUCCUAUUGUUUUACCAAAAACCCUAGACUUCACAGUAGUAUAUAGAAGCAUCGCAUCUUAAAAGAUCUAGGGACAAAGACAAAGCUGGAUAAUCGGGUGCGAAGACAAGGGGGGGAAAAUGAGAUAUAUAUAGCAGCCGUCAAACAAAAACAAGCGAGAUGCCACUGCCACUCUCCCAACUCCGCUUAAUCUCAAUUCCACAAGUUAUCGCCCGCCGCUACAUGGCCUCCUCCGCCGCUGCCGAGCCCAUAAGCCCAUCCAACACCCGCGUGGGCUGGAUAGGUACGGGCGUCAUGGGCCUCUCCAUGUGCUCCCACCUCAUACGAGCCGGCUACACGCUCACCGUCUUCAACCGCACCCCUUCCAAGGCCCAACCCCUCCUCAAAAUGGGGGCCCACCAGGCCGAUAAUCCCCUCUCCCUCGCCUCCAACUCUGACGUCGUCUUCUCCAUCGUCGGCUACCCCUCCGACGUUCGCUCCGUCCUCCUCGAUCCCCACUCCGGCGCCCUCGCCAGCCUCCGCCCUGGCGGCAUCCUUGUUGACAUGACUACCUCGGAGCCCUCCCUCGCCAUCGAGAUCGCGGCCGCGGCGUCCUCCAAAUCCUGCCAUUCCAUCGACGCUCCCGUAUCUGGCGGCGACCGCGGCGCCAAGAACGGAACCCUAGCAAUCUUCACUGGAGGAGAGGAAUCGGUGGUUAAGCGGCUCCAACCUCUGUUCUCGCUGAUGGGGAAGGUGAACUUCAUGGGAGGAAGCGGAAAGGGGCAAUUCGCGAAGCUGGCGAACCAGAUUACGAUAGCGUCGACGAUGGUGGGGUUGGUGGAGGGGAUGGUGUACGCGCACAAAGCGGGGCUGGACGUAGGGUUGUACCUGGACGCGAUUUCUACCGGUGCGGCGGGUUCGAAGUCGCUGGAUUUGUACGGACAGAGGAUAUUGAAGAGGGAUUUGGGGCCAGGGUUUUAUGUGAACCACUUUGUGAAGGAUUUAGGGAUUUGCUUGAAGGAGUGCCAGAAUAUGGGUAUCUCCCUGCCUGGUUUGGCUCUUGCUCAGCAGCUAUAUGUUUCUCUCAGGGCUCACGGUGAAGGCAAUUUGGGCACCCAAGCUCUUAUUUUGGUUCUCGAGAGGCUCAACAAUGUUUCACUUGCACCUGCAAUUGCUUCCUCUUAGGUUUGUGGAGGAUAUGGAACUCUGAACACUGAAAUUGUCUUCUUCUUCGACUUAUUAUUAUUAUUAUUAUUAUGUGAUGAUGUACAUUCAAUUAGACUGGUGUCGUAUGUUACUUGCAUCAGAUUGCUUGGCCGCUUUUCUCUACUUUGUACGUUUUGGUAUCAGUGUUUUCUAGUUCAAGUCAAGCCCCGGCUUUCUACAAGGGGUCCUCAUCGUAUAAUUCGGACACGAUAUGAACAAUUGAGCAGUUGUUAGUAGGUGAUAGCUACUAACUAUGUCUGUGUUGUUGCAUAAUGAGUGGUUGAUAUUUUAUCAUUUGGUUAUUUCAAGGGUGAACACAAUUUGAUUCCAUGUUUCAUGAGCUGAAAAAUUGAAAGAAAGUUCUGCGGUUUAUUUCACAUGAUGCGACAUGAACAACACUCAUGAGCUUACAAGUGAGUAUGAGUAUGAGGAAUGUGUAAGAAUGAAGUUAGUGCAAAGUAUGCCUACUACUUGUAAUUAUAGAUUUAUAGAACUGGGGAAAAAUCGACAUGUGAUCUCCCUCAUUUCAAUACUCAAUAGGUUGCACUUGGUCUUUCUAACAAAGUUAUAGUUUUUAUUAAUUUAGAAUCGUUUGCUUUAUUAUCACUUGUAGAGACUAAGGAUUUAUAUGUGAAUGGUGGUUUGAAAACUUCGUACUAAGAGGUGGUUGUAGGUGGCCAAUGUUUUUAGGCUUCAUUGGAUAUUGCUGAGAUGUAGACAUGUAGUUCGACAUAUGGAUCUUAAUAAUGAGAGCUUUCCUGAA